AUGAAGUACGUCGCGCUCCUCAGCGGCGGAAAAGACAGCUGCUACAAUUUAUUGCAUUGCUUCCGCAACGGACACGAACUUGUCGCUGCUGCGUCCCUCGGUCCAGAACAUGGCAAAGAGGAGCUCGACUCGUAUCUCUACCAGACCGUCGGACAAGAUGCCAUUGAAUUUGUCGCGCGAUCUCUCGACGUGCCUUUGUACCGGCGUGUCAUAUCUGGCGCAGCCUUACAACAGGGGUUGGAGUAUGGAGGAAGAAAUCCUGCAGAGAGCGAAGGCAUCUCCGGGGACGAGACUGAAGAUUUGUAUGCGUUGCUGUCUACAGUAAAAGAAUCGCUCCCUGAGAUUCAAGGAGUAUCUGUCGGUGCAAUCUUGUCAAAUUAUCAGCGAGUCCGAGUGGAACAUGUAUGCCGCCGUCUCCGUCUAACACCUCUUUGUUAUCUGUGGCAGAGAGACCAAGCCGAACUUCUGUCUGAGAUGAUCGAGGCCGGAAUGGACGCAAUCCUCAUCAAAGUUGCAGGUAUUGGACUCACUGUGAAGCAUCUCGGUAGAUCUUUGGCUGAAAUGCAACCGACACUUAUGAAGCUCAGCAACCUCUACGGGUCUCACAUCUGUGGAGAGGGCGGCGAGUACGAGACCCUAACUCUGGACUGCCCAAUUUUCAAGCGUCGUAUCAAGCUGUUGGAAGUGGAGACAGUCAUACAUUCAGAUAGCGACUUCGCAACGGUUGCAUAUCUUAGGGUUAAGAAUGCCGUUCUCGAGUCUAAGACAGAAGCUGUCACUCCAGAUCCUGCCGUCCCACCGCUUUUGUCAGAAUCGUACGAGCAAAUACGUGACAUGGUUUCAGCUUCAUUAUCUUCUCAGCCUCAGCUUGCAAAUGAUGAUAUUGAACUCUCCUCAAAGGCCGAACACUGCGAUAGUGGUGUGUUCAGUAAACGGUUUGGCGAUUGGGUGUCGGUGACAAAUGUCACAAUUGCAACUCCUGGUUCUCCAACGACUCUAUCCAUAGAGGACGAAGUCGAACAAUGUUUCCAAAAACUACAAGCCUGCCUCGAGGAAUACUCCUUGAAGCUCUCAAAUUGCACCAACAUCAACAUCUUCCUCUCUUCAAUGGACCUAUUCGCCCGCGUCAACGCCGUCUACGCUACGUUCUUCGGGAACAGCCCGCCCGCACGCGCAUGCGUUGCUGUCGACCUUCAUCCACCCACAAGGGUGAAACUCGACUGCAUCGCGUACGCCGAGCGUACCCCCGCAGACCGCCAGGCCCUCCACGUGCAAGGGCUCAGCUACUGGGCGCCCGCUAAUAUCGGUCCCUACUCUCAGGGUAUUAUCGUAGACGAGCGUGUCUUCAUUUCGGGACAGAUCGGCCUCGUGCCUAGCAGCCUCAACCUCCCUUCCCCGCCUUCACUUGCAUUGGAGACGGCACUCUCGUUCCAGCACGUCGAUCGCGUUUUGUCCGCGAUGAAGACCGACCGCUGGGAUGGGCACGUGCAAGGUGCUAUCUACUGGCUGGCUAAUGCGAGUGACAUACCUCAUGUGCGCAAAGCUGCGGUGUCCUACAUGAAGGAUGACCAUGCAACGACUCUUUUCGUGGCUGUAGCCGCAUUGCCUAAGAAUGCGCUAAUGGAGAAGCAAGUCCUGGUGCACACCGGACGAUACUUCGAAUUCGACGAAGGAGAACUCGUCACACGCUCUACCUCUCCGCAGUUUGCAGAUGGCGAUGUUACUGGCACCGACGGUACUUGCAUGCAUUGGGAAGUGUCGAAGUUUGCUGAGACAACGGCGGCGACGGCUCUCGUCUGUUGCCGUGGCACAGAAGACGGCGUAUUGUCCCAACUGCGAGACAUUGUACCGCUGAAUGCCUUGGGGUCCCGUGCAUUGUCCAUCCGACUUUUCUACCGCCCAUCAAGGAACAUCUCCAUCUCCCAAUGUCACGACUUCUUCGAGCACGCACCACUCACAGCAAUUCCCUGCCGCGCAAUCUCGACAAAACAAGUAAACGACUGGGAUUACGCCAUGUUGGCCAUAGGUACCUAA